AUGUCGGAUCCCUUCAAGGUCCGUUCAUUGGCUCCAGCAAUGAGCUCAGAUGGCCAAACAUUGACGGCGAAACGCACGUUGGGAUCAAUUCGAACUCGUCGUAACGCGUCCUUGUCAUGUUCGGCGUGCAGGCAUCGGAAAACAAAAUGUCAGGGCGGACCUCCAUGCGAAAACUGCGUGAAAUACCAGACGGAAUGUCUGAGAGAGGAAGACAAAGAUGGUCGCCGGCAGACAUCCCUGAAGCGAAAGCUUACCGAACUUGAACAGGACCGCGAUCUUCUCGUGCGCCUACUCGACAUCAUUCGCGACGAUGAGGACGUAAAAGUCUCUCAACUCCUCAAUCUCAUUCGCAGCAAUGCUCCGCCGGAUGAGAUUCGACCUUCGGUCGCAGAUGGAAGACAGCGGUCGAAACGCAGAAACCGCCCCGAUACUGGCCAGGUUGUACACAAGGACAUUUCAUCUGCGCAUGACGCUAUUGAAACGCGGCCUUACCGCAACGUAAUGGCAAUAAGGACCCUCUGUGACACCCCAUAG